CACCAUAACUAGAGGAGCAGAUUUGGAAAGCCCGGGACAGAUGUUCACCGCUGCUGCCGCAUCUUUACGACCCUGCCUCUGACUCACUAUCACAUGCUGCCCGGUGCAACUUGUCUACUGAUCUACUGUUUUGUUUUUGUCUGACGCGCAAACGCAGGGACGCGCCGUCGGUGAUGGGAACUCUUUGGGACUCAUGAGAGAUUACCAUAUUUCAUUUCCCCUAAGCUCUCAGCUGCUGGUGGCACUCACAAAAAGAAAGGAUGCGGGAAAUAACUUGUCUUUAAGUUAGAUAUACAUUGUUUUUUUUUUUGGAUAAUAGAUGUUUGUGCUGUGUUUUUUCUGUUGCAUCUGUUUGGAAUGGAAUACACCUCCGCAUGAAUUUCGCUUGGCGAAUGUUUAGCUUACAAAUAUCCAGCAUGAAAUUUGGUAAUUUGUUUUGUAACUAACACGCCUACUCCUCUUUUGAACAAGUACUUUCAGCACCAAACAUUGUUGGGCCUCUCUACAGUGCGUGCUGCAGAUGAAGUGGAUAAUUUUGGUUCGAUCUCAUGUUUAUGUUAGACUCUGGAGAGGACUAUCUGUUCCCUGGAGGAUCUCAAACGGUCUUUGUCCACUCACAAUGGUGACUUCACCUUUACUGUGAACAGCUGUUACACAAGAUUGUUUGCAACGCGCACACGGAUCUAUUUUACGCACGGCUGCCGACCUUUGCUAUUACCUCCGCAACUCAGACACUGAUGAUGGGAGAAAAGGGCAGCGCCAAGGGGCUUGAAGAGUCCCAGACCCGGGGUGCCUUUAGCAGUCAGGGCCAAGCACGGCCCCGUGAAUAACCGCGCGGUGACAGCAUGCCCUCUUGGCCCAAUCUCUCGGAGUGCCUCUCCCAUAACUGCAGCUGGGAGGAGACCCACAACGCCACAAGGAACGCUGACCUUGGCCUCCCUCCUCUCAAUUACUACUCAAUCCCUCUCCUCACGGUCAUAACCAUCGCCUGCACGCUGCUGUUUCUGGUCGGGGUGGCCGGGAAUGUCAUGACCAUUUUGGUGGUCAGUAAGUACCGGGACAUGCGCACUACCACCAACCUGUACCUGUGUAGCAUGGCCGUAUCUGACCUGCUCAUCUUCCUCUGUAUGCCACUGGACCUCUACCGUAUGUGGAGGUACAGGCCCUGGCGGUUUGGGGACGCGCUCUGCAAGCUCUUUCAGUUCGUGUCAGAGUCAUGCACCUAUUCCACCAUCCUGAGCAUCACCGCUCUGUCGGUGGAGCGCUACCUGGCCAUCUGUUUCCCGCUGCGUGCCAAGGCCCUAGUUACCAAAAGGAGAGUGCGUGCCCUCAUUCUUCUACUCUGGACAGUGUCUCUAUUGAGCGCCGGACCUGUGUUUGUCAUGGUGGGAGUGGAGCGUGACAGCAUGUGGCCGACAAAUUCCAGUUCUGGAAUGAAUGAGACUGGCUUCUCCCUGGAGGCCGCGGACACCCGGGAGUGCAAGAUGACUCACUACGCAGUGGAGUCAGGCCUGAUGGGAGCCAUGGUGUGGUUGAGCUCUGUUUUCUUCUUCAUGCCGGUGUUCUGUCUCACAGUGCUCUACAGCCUCAUAGGCCGUCGGCUGUGGCAGAGACAUAGAGAGACAAACAUCAGCUCCCGUGUGGCUCACCGCGACAAAAGCAACAGACAGACCAUCAAGAUGUUGGUGGUGGUGGUGCUGGCCUUUGUCCUGUGCUGGUUGCCGUUCCAUGUGGGUCGCUACCUGCAGUUCCGCUCUCUGGACGCUCCGUCCCCGCUGCUGUCUUUGUUGUCCGAAUACUGCAGUUUGGUGUCCGUGGUUCUCUUCUACCUGAGUGCCGCCAUCAAUCCCAUCCUCUAUAACACCAUGUCCUGGAAAUACCGGUGCGCAGCAGCGCGCCUCUUCGGCCUGACUGACAGCCAGCCACCACGAGGCCGCACAGCCAGCACCAUGAAGGGAGACGGCUUGAACGGCUGGACGGAAUCUACAGUGAGCUUCUGAACGUAUGACUGUCAACAUUUCUGGUCAUCAUUUGCAAAACUAUUAGUCACUAAUUGAUAACACUAACUUUAAAAGCCAUUAUUUCUGUUAGGCCGGGGAAAACGAUGAGAGCGCGACACUUGCAUUUAUUUGACUGGGACUAAAAGAAACAGAGGAGGAGAAAAGCGCGAGCUACAAGCCUCUGUUCACUUGCAUCAAUGGAACUUCGAUUGACAGUUAAUUUUCUUGUUGGAUUAUUUCAGCAAGUGCCAUCCACUAUUCAGACAACACACUCAGCAGCAUUUGAAAAGCAGGACUGGUGAAGUGCAAUAUACACACUAGCCUGAAGUGCUUAUAUUGAUCCAAAUGUGAACAACAUGCAGCAGGGACGCACGCCCUUAUACAAGCACACAUACAUAUGAAUAGCCUAUCUUAGACAUCUACAAUUGCCUUAUAUUGUAUUCAUAUUCUGGAUGACAAAGAAAGCACUGUAGAACUUGUGGCACUUCUCUGUACUCCUUCAGUGAGGGGCAGAGGUGCAGUGUGUGUGUGUGUGUGUGUGUGUGUGUGAGAGAGAGAGAGAGAGAGAGUAUUUGCAUGUGUGUAUUGUGUGCCAGGUGUCACCCUCAUGGAUGUGAUUUAUGUAAUUAGUUGGAGAGAGUGUGAAAAUGUAAAAGUAAUAUGUUACUGUUAAUUAAUUUGUGUCAUACUGAAUGCCCUGUAUCUUGGAAAUUCAAGUCCAUGCUGAUGCUGCCAAGAAGGGCCAGUGGGGUUUCGGGUAUGGUCCCUGAAAUUAAUUUCCUGUGUAGCCUUGUACUACAUAACAGUGGGUUUCAACAUCAAGGUUGGAGUUUAGUAAAUGGGAGCAACAAAGCUAGUUGAUUUUUAGGGAUUGUGAGAUAAUUUACAGAAUGCAAACAUUUCCAAGAUAUGUAUCAUUAUGUCUGUAAGUUUUGUAAUUAUACUUAAUUCUUGUUAAAUGAUCAACAUUAUUCAAGCUGCAGACUCUUGCUACUAAGAAAUCAUCUAAAAAAAACAAUAUACAUGAGGAGGGUUUGAGAAGGUAUCACUAAAUGUUUCGUGGUUUCUUAGACAUUGCAAUGCAUUUAAUAAGUAUCAGUUUGGUGCAUUUGGCAAAGAAAGCUGAUUGGUGUUACUGUAAAAAUCAACAUGUCAAUGGCCAUAAAUGCCUCAGCUUUCUGAGUCACCAUUCAAACAUUGCUGAUUUCAGCCACCUCAGGUGUACUGAUGUCAGUUACAUUCAUACAAAAUACAGUACAGGGCCUUUUCUGUUUGUCACAGCUGUGUGGGGACAAUGUGUUAAUCUGUGGAUCCAAUCAUAUAAAAAAUGUAGCAGAUUUGACAAGAUUCGUUAUGCUACUUGAAGCAAUGUUCAACUUUGGCAAGUAAUGAAAACAGUUGGGAUGGUUGAGUAACUUUUCAUUUUUCCCCAUUCACACCUUCAAAAAAAUUCAAGAGCAGUCAACUUGGAAGAUUAGCUGCACUGUGGAUUCACAAUCAUCUUUGGCACAAAUUGUUCCCCACUCCCUGAACUGUUCAGUGUGAACAGGCAGAGUGACUUCUUCAAUGGUUAAAUCAAACGUGCACAGUGUAAGUUAUAUUAUGUAUAACUUACACUGUCUUACUUGUCUUGUUUAUUGAUUUGCUAGAAGUUUGAUUUUUAAAUAGUUUCCAAGGGAGAGACUGCAUGGGUAUCCAGUGGAAACAAUUUCCAUGGGUGACCGUGUGCCAAAGAUGCCAACCUUGACAAAAUGUCACACUAUUCUACAAGAAAGUUUUUAAAAUAGCCUUUCCUUUAUAUAUGUAUAAGAUAAUGCAACAGAUGGAAAACAUAAAGGUGAUUUCAUUUUGUAAAGUGUAUCAUGCACUCUUUUGGACAAAGAGGAUCAGUGAACUAUCUAUAAGUAAUGAUGUUAUGCUUGCUUUAACUUGUAAAUAGAUGCUUUAUAAUGCUAUACACUCAAUGCUGUACACUCAGAUGGUUUCAGCAGGCCAAAUCACCGCAGAAGCCUCCACUAAUCUGCACUCGAUUUCAAAACAUGGCCUCCUGGCUCAGAGGAAUGUAUCUCUGAAUGUUUCUGACUGUACAUACCAAUGUCAUGACAUACUAUUUAUUAAUCUACAGAAUGUAUACUAAUUAAAAGAGUAAAAAAUAGUUUCAUAUUUUCUUUUUUUGAAGAUGUAUGUAAAUAUAUCCUGCUGGGUAAUGUAUCUGUUGAUGAUAAAGUCUUGUAAAAGUAAAAAAAAAAGGAAAAACUCAA